AUGCUUCAUCUUGGUCAUGAGAUUUGUUUUGUUCUUGAGAUCUUUGCUAUAGAGACAAGGUGGAAGGGGCAAAAAGCAAAAGGUAUAAAGGGAUAUAAGUUGUGGUAUGGAGAUCUGGACAGCAAACAUAACGGGGUUGGCAUCCUAGUGUCUAAUGAUAUCCUAAAGCAAUUGGUUGAAGUAAGGAAGUGUAAUGGCAAGAUUAUUCUAGUUAGGAUAGUGGUGGGGGAAGAGAUCAUAUCCAUUGUCAGUGCGUACGGGCCCCAAGUUGGGCUCGAUGAAGAUGCAUGUAACUAUAACUCGGUAUAUGGAGGGUUUGGUUUAGAGGCAAGGAAUCAGAGUGGGGAGAAUUUGCUGGAGUUUGCACUAGCAAAAGAAUUGGUUAUAGAAAACUCGAUCUUUAGAAAGAAAGAUGAGCAUCUGAUCACAUAUAAGAGCGGCGGGCAUGCAACCCAAGUUGACUAUUUCUUAGUCCGCAAAAGAGAUGGGCCUCAUGCUUGGAUUGUAAGGUCGUGUUGGGUACAGAGAUGCCCACCCAACACAAGCUUUUAG